UUUAUUGAUAAUGUUACGGGUAAAGGGAAUUUUGCCAGCCGAAGAAACACCGUCUCCGCUGUUAGGUUUUUGCGACUGACUGCUGGUGUUGAUAAAUACAUGUUGGGCAGAGGAGUGAAACGCAAGCUAAGUGAUUACGACGAGAGCAUGGCUGCUGGUCCUCCAGGUCCCUUUGACUCCAGCCCGGCUCUUCCCUACCCCCAGCAGAGGCAGCUGGUGCUCAACAUGUGCCUGAGCAAGCUGCAGAGCUGCUGCUUAAAGGUGGAGCCCAGCCUUCACCGCUCCGUCCUGUUGUCCAAUACCCUACGCCAAAUCCAAGGUGAGAUGCUCAGUGAGGACUGCAACACAUCCCCACUCGCAGUGCAGUCUGACGGGAACUCCUGCAAUGUUGACAUCAAUCCCUACGUUGGGGGCAACCCACCUGCAACUCCCGCACACAUCCCUGACCUGCCCCCAUUGCCAAUCUGUAGUCAGGCGGAAGAAGCUAACCUGAUGACUGUUCUAUCUGAUAACGGGAUGCCUUCAACCAUCUCCAGCCAUUUAAGAGUGGCUGGCUUUGUGAAGGACAUGAGCCCACCGCCCGCCUUCCCCAGCUGGGCUGAGAAUGAGGAGCUGGACUUCUUUUCUUCCUCCUCCUCUUCUGAGGACGAAGGUAACGAUCGUCCGGCAGGCUCCAGAUCUCUAGAUUCCCUCUUUGGUUCCUUUGAAAUCCCAAAUUCCACCAGCUACUUGACAGACCUGGCUUUCGAUGAUAUCUUUGAGGACAUUGACACAUCCAUGUAUGAUUCCUCAGACUUCACAUCUGUUCUAUCUUUCACUGCCCCUCGCUCAUCAGUCUCCCCCUCUGAAGACAGCCUCAAGCCAUUCUCCACUUGCAGUUCCCUCUCCACUAAUGGCACUCAGAUCGGUAUUACAGAUUUGAAUGAUCUGGACCACAUCAUGGAGAUCCUUGUAAAAUCCUGAUAUAUGUUUUGGUGGGAUAGGGGAAUGAUUGAGGAUUUAUGAUAUAAUUUAUAUUUUAUAUUUUUAUACAGAUCAAGUUAUUUAUAUAUAAUGCAACAAAAUGUCUGAAAUCUAAAACUUCUGGAAUACUGGACACAUUUUAAAGACUAUUCAGAAGAAAAGUGUAACUGGUGCGGUUUCUAACUAAUCAUAAUCUUUCCUCGAUGAGAUUUACAAAAAAAACAUUUUAAAACAUGUGUUUAUAUUUAUUAUGGACUUC